AUGGGCUGCCAAGCCCUCCUCCUUUGGCUGCUGUUCUUCCAUGCCAUUAUUCUACCUGAAGCAGUUUGCUCCAGGAAAAAUGUGGGAGGAUCCAGAGGAAGGCUGUGGAACCCACACUCUGAAAGAAGCACUGUCCAAGGUGCCCCUGCAACUCAGCAAGAAGAGUAUGAAAAUGAACACUUGCAAACUUUUGAUGCUGAGAUCCUAAUGCCAUUUCCUGGUGACUGGCCACAAUUGCAACUGGUGAAUGGAUCAGGCAGGUGCUCUGGGCGUGUGGAAGUUUUCUACCAUGGCCAGUGGGGCAGGGUUUGCGAUGACCAGUGGGACAUGAAUGAAGCUGACGUGGUGUGCCGGCAGCUGCACUGCGGGCGUGCCCUUGCAGCCCCCGCUGAGGCUCAAUUUGGUGAAGGCAGAGGUGAAUUUCUGCUGGAUGAUGUGGACUGUACUGGAAAAGAGAAUUUUUUGGGACAAUGUCCUCAUGCUGGCUGGGGCCUGCAUAACUGUGGCCCCAGAGAAGACGCCAGCAUCAUCUGUGCAGAGGCUGAGUACUUAAAGCCUGCAUCAGGUGAUGGAAAUUCAGCAAUCUUAUUAUCAGUUCUACCUGCUGCCAUCCCAACUCAGCUCUCUCCUACAACUGCUACACAUUCAGCAUCGUCAGGUGCUGAGUUAUCUGCAACCACAGCCACAGCAGAGCCUGUGGCCCUGCCAUCCACACCCGUGCCCCUGGCAGCCUCCUUGGGGGCAGAACCGAUGGACUGUGGUGAGAGCUGUCCUAACCUUAUGCCCUCCUGGGAGCUGAGCCAUAGGCGGUCUGCCCAGUUGUCAGUAGUGCUGCACAGUGAGCUGGCCCCAUUUUCGGACACAGGUUGCUCGCAGGAGCUUUGUUGA